AUUGAAUACUUCAUCAUGGGCGGGCUAAGAUAGUCGGCCAAGUGUUAUUGCAAAUAGACGCCUGCUAAUCACACGUGCUGGAUUACAGUACUUCAUCCGCCCAGUUGUAGAGGAGAUCCCAUGGAUACCUUCUUAUAUGCUACCACCAACAACUCCUAUCGGCCGCCCUGUAAGUCGAUGGGACUUCCUCCCAUGGCCAAGCGUUCGAGAAAGAAUCAUAGCCCGCAAACCAGUAGACGAUGGUGACAGUUCAGAGCUCGAAGGAUAUUUCGGAUCCCAAACCACCAUCUGCUGGCCCUACAGCCUCAACGAAGCUAUCACAUUUGCGCCUCCACCGGACCUCGUAUUCGGAGCUACGGGACCUUAUACAAUCACGGGUUGCAGCGGCUGCAAGUGCUCCGCACCACAGUUGACGGACCGCUUCAAGCUACAUCUUACUCGCGCUCAGCAUUGGAGGCUGAAGCCGGGAUCUCCGCAAAUUCUCAAGAAAUAUCCAGAGUUUAGCACUAUUGUGCUUUGAAGGGAUUUGGACACGUUGGCUCACACGUUUCACAAGCUUUUUGCAUGGACGAAGAUUAGGAAAUCAUUUGAGAUAGUGGUUAAUUGGUUGACAUCAUACACAUAUUAUAU